CCGAACGGCAAGCCAGGUCUCCCCUUCCACCGGACGUCUGCCCUCGUCGUGAGGCGUCGCCGUCCUCCUCUCUACUGGUUCUGGAUCGGUGGACCGGCGUGGAGCGGACAUCCCUCCAUCGAGACGGGAUUGAUUCCUUCUUCUGCUCGUAACUGGUUCGUGUUCUCCAUCGCGCAAGUGCGAUCUCAGCAGUUGACACCGAAGGCGAAUUGGUGCCCUAGGUGGCUGUGCAGUUCAUUUUCCAAAAGAUUUGGGGAUUCAGUAGAACCCUAUGCCCCGCGUUAAGCCUGCCGCCGGCAUGCCCCCUUACCACCACCGGCCGCUCCCCGGCCCUGGCCCUGGCCAGGGUCCACUCCUAGCCCAUGGGAUGAUGCACCGGGAGGUCCGGGACCCGUACGGCCCGGGGAUGCACCUGCCGCCGCUGGGGCACGGGCCAUUCCCCUACGACGUGCUGCCACCGCCGCUGCCGGAGGUCCUGGAGCAGAAGCUCACGUCGCAGCGUGGGGAGAUGCAGAAGCUGGCAGUGGAGAACGACCGGCUCGCUGCGAGCCACGGAUCGCUGAGGGAGGAGCUGGCGGUGGCACAGCAGGAGCUGCAGAGGCUGCAGGCGCAGGGGGAUGCGGCGAAGGCCGCCGAGGAGCAGGAGAUGAGGGGGCUCCUCGAGAGGGUCGCGAAGAUGGAAGCUGACCUGAAAGCCUGUGAGUCUGUGAAGGUGGAGCUGCAACAGGCACACGCAGAGGCGCAGAGCCUCGUGGCGGCGAGGCAGAACAUGGUGGCGGAUGUACAGAAGCUGAGCAAGGACCUGCAGAGGAACCUCGGUGAGUCGCAACAGCUUCCUGCGCUCGUGUCUGAACGGGAUGCUGCUAGGCAAGAAUACCAGCACCUCAGGGCUACUUAUGAGUAUGAAAGGAAGCUCAGGGUGGACCACUCCGAGUCGUUGCAGACAAUGAAGAGGAAUUACGACUCCAUGGUCAUGGAGCUGGAAAAACUUCGUGCUGAGUUGAGGAAUGCAGCUAAUCUUGACAAAAGUGGUAUGAUGUACAAUACUAAUACUGCUCAAACGGAUGAUCGUACAUCUAGCCAUAUUUCUGUUGGGCAAAUUGCUUAUGAUGGUGGUUAUGGAGGUGCACAGGCAAGGACAACUACUGGUGGUCUGGCAGACUCUCUAAGUGGAAACCCAGCUGGGACUGCUCCUCGUUCUGGAUAUGAGCCAUCAAGAGGCAACACAUAUGACACUUCUCGUGUUGCUAGUAUCAGUUCUUCAAAAGCUGGAACUGGAACACAUGAUGUAUCAAGGGGUUCCACUGGCUAUGACUCUUUGAAGGGUGCUGGAUAUGACGCUUCAAAGGCACCUGCAAUUGGAGGACUGGUGGCACCUACAGCAGCUCAUGGGAGCAGUGCUGGUUACUAUGGAUCAAAUCAGGCAACACCGCCUCCAUAUGCAUGGGGACAAUCUGCAUCCACCUAUGGAUCUGUACAGACACCACCAUCGUACGCAUCUGGGUCUGUCCCAUCAUCCUACAGCGGAGCAACAGUGCGUCCCUAUGGCUCAGCUCAGGCGCUACCAUCAUAUGGGCAAACACAGGCACCAUCUGCAUAUGGACACACACAGCUACCGUCAUCCUAUGGACUAGCACAGGCAUCAUCUCCCUUCGCCGCUGCACAGGGAUCCUCUCCCUAUGGGUUGGCUGCACAGCCUCCAGCCUAUGGAUCUGGGCGAGCCGCAGCUAAUGCUGGCAGCAAUUAUGAAGCUCCUCAUGGACGUAAAUAAAUUGGCAGCAAAUGUCUACUGGUGUGGUCUUAUUUACAAAAGAGAGCUUUGUACACCGUAGUCCAAUUCCUCUAUGCAGCUACCGAAUCUCUGUUAAAGAUAAUCUUUGUAAAGCAUGUCUCGUGAUUCUUUUAAAGCAUCUUUGUUUUAGGUUAGGCAAAUAAGAGUAGUGAAUUCUGACACGAGUCGUACUGUUGGUUUUAUUUGGCUUUACCAAGUUAUGUUCAUAUCAGUUGAAAUGCUGCAUGUAAGUUAUGAGAUGUACACUGCAGAUACUGAGGCUAAAUCGUAGCAUGCUGCUGGAGCCUCCAUCGUUCCGGUUCUCAAUCUUGAAGAUUUCGCAUGCCUUGUAUCUGUUUAUCCAGUAACUAAUGCCAAUAAGUGUAGCUUUUCUGAA